AUGUUGCACUGGCUGCAGGGCUUCGUGCUGCCCUCCGCGACCUGCCAGAGUGACUAUGACCGCUUGGCCUAUGAGAUCCUCUUCGAAGACCUGGACCGCAAUGGGGAUGGUGUGGUGGACAUCUGGGAGCUCAGGGAUGGGCUGCAAAACUGGAACGCCUCCUUUGGUGGAGACUCCGAGCAGAAAAUUCUUCAUGCUGCAGAUGCCAAUGCUGAUUCAGGACUGGACUUUGAGGAAUUUGUGCAGUACCUUCAAGACCAUGAGAAGAAAAUGAAACUGGCAUUUAAGAGUCUGGACAAAAAUAAUGAUGGAAUGAUAGAUGCUUCAGAAAUAGUUGCUGCCGUGAAAUCAUUGGGAAUCCACAUUUCUCUCGCUCAGGCAAAUGACAUCCUGAAAAGCAUGGAUAGCGAUGGGUCAAUGACAAUAGACUGGGAUGAAUGGAGAGACUACUUUUUCCUCCACCCUGCAAAAAAUAUCAACGAAAUUAUUCGUUUCUGGAAGCAUUCUACUAUAGUUGAUAUAGGAGAGAGUAUAUCUAUUCCAGAUGAAUUUACAGAACAAGAAAAGAAGUCCGGGGAAUGGUGGAAACGGUUAGUAGCCGCAGGAAUAGCAAGCGCGAUCGCGCGGACGUGCACGGCACCUUUGGACCGCUUGAAAGUCAUGAUGCAGGUCCGUAAAUCAAAAAUGAAUAAAGUGAGAUUGGUUAAUGAGUUCAAGCAGAUGAUAAAAGAAGGAGGACUUUUUUCUCUUUGGCGAGGAAAUGGUGUGAAUGUUUUUAAAAUCGCACCAGAGACAGCACUCAAGAUCGGGGCCUAUGAACAGUAUAAGAAAUUUCUUAGUUUUGAUGAUGCUAAUUUAGGAGUUCUUCAACGAUUUAUAGCUGGUUCCAUGGCUGGUGCGACUUCCCAAACCUGUAUCUAUCCCAUGGAGGUGAUAAAGACCAGGCUGAUUUUAGGUAAAACAGGCCAGUAUUCUGGGAUUCUUGACUGUGGCAGAAAGCUACUGAAGACAGAGGGCAUUCAGGUCUUCUGCAAAGGCUACGUUCCCAACCUGAUAGGCAUCGUUCCAUAUGCAGGCUUAGACCUUGCCAUCUUUGAGCUUCUGAAGAAUUACUGGCUGGAACACUAUUCAGUAAACUCGGUGAACCCUGGGAUAGCGAUCGUGCUGGGCUGCAGCACACUGUCACACACUUGUGGCCAGUUAGCCAGUUUCCCCCUGAACCUUGUUAGAACUCGCAUGCAGGCAGCUAUCCGGGAAAAGGAAACCAUACCUAUGCUGCAGCUCAUUAAAGAAAUAUACAUUAAAGAAGGAAAGAGGGGAUUUUUCAGGGGUCUCACCCCUAACGUACUCAAGCUGCUUCCAGCAGUGGGCAUUGGCAGUGUGGCUUUUGAACUAAUGAAAUUGAUUUUUGGGUUAACCUAGAAGUGGAGUAUCAAACUGCCACAUUGCCAUAAUGACUAAGGUAUAAGAUAACCCUGGGCUAUCUUACUUAAAAGGAAGGGAAUAUCAACUACUUGUAAAAUUACGUUGUCUUUAUUUUAUCUUUAUUAUAAAAUAUACAAAUUAAACUAUAAUUUUGGUAGAGUUCUUUAAUAAUUUCAAAUCCUUUAUUAUCACCAGAAUUCUUAUUUUAUGUUUCUUGUUAGCUUCUGCUUAAAAAUAAAACUAGAUUUUGAUUGGGUGCUAAUAGAAAAUACAACCUCAUUAGAAAACAUUUGGUAACCUACAUGAGAGAUUUUUGCUAGUAUUCUUUUUUUUAAGAUGAGGUUGAACAUGUUUAACACAGUAAAGCUAAAAUCAGUGCGUUUAAAUUUGACAUUAAAGUUACUCUCUUCAGCAAAAAGGAUAAUCCACGUUAUGAUUCCUUCUGGACUGUUAUGAUUUGUCAUUCCCUUGCUAGUCCCGUGUCCCCUUCAGUUUCUGCACAGCCUAUCCUUCUCACCUUCCCCCACUCCAAGAUGGUUUCAUCUUUCUUGACAUCUUUGUAGACCAGAGUUGCAUCCCUUGCCUAGGGGAGUUCCUUUCCACAACCCCGGAGAAUAAUUUUCCCAGGGAAGCGGCUUCUUUUUCACUCCAUUGUAAGAAAUGUUGACUAACAUUCUUAAUUCUACUCCCUUGUGUGUUCAAAAGCCCCUACUCACUUCUGCUGUUGCUGGGACUGGAGACGGGGCAGCUAUCUUCUCCUGGGAGGGGGACAGGGCUAAGUGUGUGACUCAGAGCAUAUUAUCUCCAAAGUUCCUCUUCUGAGUCAUUGCCUUUUAUUUGUGGUGUGACUGGGAACUUCAGGGGUCAUAAAAUUGACAGAGCAAUAAUGCUAUUAUGACCUUGUAUUUCACUUUUAAAUAAGAUGUCUAUUGUCAGAGCUCUGUUGGUAGUUGCUUAGUUCUGUAUUAAACUUUUACUUCAUUAGCAAGUAUCAGUUGUACAAAAUGAAUAGAUUCACUGUGUCAUUUCCAUACGUUAUGCUAUGUACCUUGAUCACACUCAACAGUAAACUGAGUAAAAAAUGAGCAAAGGAUUUGGGUAGACAUUUUUCCAAAGAAAACAUACCAAUGACGCAAACAAGCAAAGAAAAGCUGCUUGACCACAGGGGAAGCGUAUUAAAAUCCAGAUGGAAUCCCAUUUUACACCACCGUGGUGCUCAUUAUUCAAAGCAGCAAGUUCUGGUGAGGAUGUGGAGAACUGGAACCCUGUGCACUGCUGAGGGGGCACAAGGCUGCUGCCAGGGAGAGUAUCUCCUCAGGACAUCUCAUCACCAAAGAGAAGAAUGAGCCUGCAUCCAGCAGCUUAUGAUAUUCAAACCCAAUUCAGAGCAGGGGCUCAAAGGAGCUGCUUGCUUAUCUAUGCUCAUAUCAGCACUGCUCUCAAUAACCAAAAUGUGCAAGCAACUUGAAAGUGCAUCUACAGGUGAAUAAACUGUGGUACAUGCAUAUAAUGGAAUGCUGUUUCUCUUUUAAAAGAAAAUCCUGAUCCAUAUUACAAUAGGGACGAACCUGGAGGAUGUUAUAUUAAGUGAAAUAAACUCCUUACAAAGUGUAAA